CCGUCGUCCAUGUCGGGAUCAGUGCCAUUGGAGGCCAGCAGGCGGGGGUUGGCUUGGCAAUAAAUUUAUACUCCUAACCCUGCCAUCAUUCUACGAUAAAAUCAAAUAUCGUCGUGUUUUUUAUGCGUUUUUAACUGUUACAUGUACUCUGGCGCAAACAGUGCCAAGUGGUAGUGAAUUUUCAUUUAUUGAAAAAAAUUGCAGUGGUGGAAAGCUUACCCCUACCUAUUGGGUGGGCAACUUACAUCUGGGACCGAAAAAGUGUUACACUGUGACUCAACGGGAAAGUCGAACACGAGCAAGCGCCAUGCGGUUUAACGAGUCCCUUUGCUACUCCAUGCCGCCCGUGCACACUGGACUGCAAAACAAUAAUCAACAUCUACUGCUGCUGCACAGGAGCUCGUCGGAGAUAAUAGUAAACGCAACAGAGAAGGACAGCAUUUCGCUGGAUCAGGAAAACCGGCACGAGUUUCACACCGGACAGGACACAAGUACCUACUCGUCCCUCGCCGUCACUCGUAGUUACAAGUUAAACGAACACAACAACAAUAACAAUAACAACAACAACAACAACAACAACAACAACAACAACAGCAACAACAAUCUCGACAGCAGCACCAACUUGCAGCCAAGCAGCUCGACCGAAAGCCUAGCCGACUACGAAGGAUACUACGAGGAGGAGCCACAGGGGAAUUUAUCGGGCUCGGAUUGGUCGGUGUACUCCGAGGACGGCAACAUGCCGGAUGGCUGCGGCCGAGGCAUAGUCAACCCGAAUUACCUGGGCUUCCAGCACUUGGAGCCUUCCCUGCUCAGCGACACCGACGACACUGUGGACGAAGACGAAGACGACGAGAACUCAGAAUCUAGCUCGGAGGAGCUCGAGGACGAAUUCAACAACAACAACAACAACAACAACAACGACAACAACGACAACGACAACAACAACAAUACCGAGGGAGUCGUGGAUGAGACCGCGGUCAACCAGCUCGAUAACCAGCUGGACGAGGAGAAGCAGUUGUUUUACAAAAAGCCCAAGUUUAACUUGCAAAUGCACGGCGGUCUCGCCGAUCCGGUCAAAGGGGGUUCGCCGUGCCCCGACCCUGGCCGGGAUCGGUUGAGCGAAAACGAGUCGCGCGACAACUACGAUGAUAAUUCAACCGUUAACUAUACAUUAGUUGAUUUUUUAAAUUUCAUGCAAAAUCAGCAAAACGUUGAAAAAGACCUUACCGAAGACGAGAGAAGGGCGGUCGACGAGGUUUUUUUCACCAAAGCCCCCAAUCUCUGGUCGUACCUCGAGUGCAUAAAUUACGUGAAGAGUCUGCGACCGACGACGGAGGCCAACGAAAUAUUGGUCGACGUGAGCGACGUCGAGGUCGUCCAGUUGACGACGAGUGUCAAGGAGAGCCUGCAAUACCCCGAAAUCGAACAGAUUCCCGAUUCAACUAGAAGCAGCGAGGCCGAAUGGAUCGACGAGUCGCCAGUGGACAACCAGGUCGAUCUGAUUCGUGAAGUUCAGCGAAACUCGUUGAAUCCCUUCUUGAACAACUCCACCACCGACAACAACAACAGCAACAACAAUAAAAAGAGCGACGAGGACGUGGAGGACGACGACGAAAACCUCAAGGCGACGAAACGCAGGAGACCAAAGGACGAGGGGUCCGAGUGCAAGCUCGAGGGGAUAGAUUUGCUGGCGAGUAUCAACCGGAGGGACGGUUCUCCCGGUGGCCGGAAUUACCCUCGACGUCAUUUGCACGACAACCACCUGCUGUGCUACCCAUCGGUCCCCGACGUCAUCGCCAUGGACGUGCCGGGGGAGCGUUUGCUCCGCGAGCCCGACUCGGAGGAGCACCUGGUGAACUUUUCCCCGAGCCAGCCCGACGUUGCCCACCUGGACGACAAAGCGCGCCACCAGCAACACCGGAGCGUUGCCGCCAGCAUGGCCAGCACCCUGGCGCCCACCAAUCCCUUCUUCGAAGACAUCAAGAACAAGGCAGAGAAGGAGCUCGAGAGCGUUGUUACAGAGAGCUUCGAUGUUUACAAUAUCGAGACGGCGAUGCCUACAAUCGACAUGGAUGCCAUUGAGACACAUUUGAGGGCUGCCGCGCGUGAAGAGGAGCGUCGGCGAAUCAAUGACAGAGAAGAGAUCCGCCGGCGAUUGGCGAUGGGCCCGGAAGCGGACGAACUGCGCAACGAAAAUCGGAAAAAGCCCAGUCUGCAGGCUCGCCUCCAGAGCGGCAUGAAUUUACAAAUAUGCUUCAUGAACGAAACGUCAUCGGAUUCGGAAUCGGCGUUUGGCUCCGACGGCCUCGACCUGACCAAGUCGACCCUGUCCCCAACGGCCUCGUCUGGCAUCAGCUGUAGCAGCAGCAGAAGCACAUCCGCGAACUCCUCGACCUCGUCCUCGAUCACGAGUUCGCCGACAAAACUGGCUUCCCAGUUACCACCGCAGUGGCCGGCCAAUGCCGCGGCGGCAAGUAGGCCCCAAGUGCUGAAUUUGCCGGAGGCAGGUCCAAAGGGUGACGACGAGGGGCCGCUGGACGCGGCGAGUUUCCUCGCGAGGCAGGCUCGUCUGCAAACCGAGGCCAGGGUGGCUCUAGCCCAGGCCAAGGAGAUGGCGUACAUGCAGAUGGAGAUCGAGAGGCAGAAGCUCAAGCAGAGCCCCAUCACCGAGAUGGUGCGGGCCAGCCUACAAAAGAUCGGCGUAAAGUUGGGCGACGAGCGUCGUCGCUUGACGCGCACUCUGCUCACCGAGUUGAAUAUCGCCCAGCUUCAAGUUUUGGCGAACGACCUGCACGCAAGGAUAGCUACCCUAAACGAUGCCCUGGUCGAAGGUCUCAUGCGCCGAGACGACCUUCACAUGGAGCAAGACUCCAUGCUCGUCGAUGUUGAGGAUUUGACCCGAUACCUAGGUGCCAAGCAGGAGUCCUUCCUCAAGUGCCAGAAUCCUCAGGAGCCUUGUGCCGAUCAGCAGCAACAAAAACAGCAGCAACAGCCGAACACACAGACGUCGAGCAGCAAAAGCCGAACCCUGGCGCUGCUGAGCAAAGCUUACGCCUCGUCGCCACGGCUGGCCGUCAACUACGAGAUGGGCAGCGUCGCCCGGGCCGCCCUCACCUUCCUGUCACACGCAACAAAAAUUUAAAACCCAAACGAUCCUACUCCCUCCCCUUUUUCGAGGUGACGCUGAUGAACCCACGUUUUUUUAGCGCCCUACUCGUACAAUGUACCUACCUCGUGCAUACAGAGAUUUGUAUGAUACAGUGUUUUCUCGUGGGUAUGUUGAGUUUUUUUUUUUUUUUUUUCCCCCUUUCUUUUCGGAUUACCUUGAAAAGGGCAACGAGAGAGUCUACAAUAACGUCGGUUUUUCGUACAAUCGUUAGUUGUGUUGUAGGUACACCUUUGUAAAUGUGUUGGGAAAAAUCCAUUUUACUCUCUUACUACCGUUUUUUCGGAUAUUAUGACGUUAAUACAAAUCAUGUAUCAUAUAAAUACUUACAAACAUUUUCAAAACUAUUGCAUUUCAAGUCAACUUGAACUUUGUUUAAGUAAGUACAAUGUAUACUGUACUCGAGUAUAUAAAUAUAUUGGGAUUUGAAGUGUGCGGAGUGACUCUAUUAUAGCUUCCAAUUUUUACCGCAAUCUAGAAUAUUGUUGUACACUUACAUACUUUGUGGAUGAAGAUACGGGUGGCGCCGAUGGCUUAUUUCCCGUAGCUUCGAAAUUCGUCAACUCACAGCGUAAAGAUGACUUCAAAUCCUAAAACUACUCGGCAAUUUUUACGAGUUUAUUUUACCCAAUCUGUUAUUGUUGACUGUUAUACGAGGCCAAUAUUAUUAUUAUCAUUACCAUUGUUAUGAUUAUUAUGAUUAUAUAUAUAUAUAUACAUAUACUUAUAGCACAAGGAGCGGGCCGAUCCUUUUCCAGCUCCAUCGCUUUGGGUGAACUUUUUUCGUUCUCAAACGAGCCGAGUGUUUGCUUGUAAAUUAUCAAUUACAUUGUUACUCCAAACUGUCGAUUGAGACGCAUCAUUAUUAAUAUAGUAUUAUAAUAGCGAGCUUGUAGUGAGACAAACAAGUAUGUAUGUUCUAGCAAUAUUUUUUAAUCCUCGUUUUUUCCCCACGAUGCACCUAUUCGUUAAAAAACUGCAAUUUGUCCAGAGCAUUAUACAAUUAGCCAUUGUACAUCCAUAUAAUCGUUCGUUUAAUUAAAACGAGAUUCGUAAGGUUAUUUAUUUGCAUUUGAAACUUUUCCUCGAUAAAGUAACUAUUCAAGUAAUUACGAAAAUCAUUAAGUUACGCGUGGAAAUAGAUUGAAACGAUGCUUUUUCAUUAUGACGAGUGGUGUACAUAAGGCAUUGAUUUUUUACCAGCAGUUUAAUUCUGUCAACUAUGAUAUUAUAAUUUUGACACAUAUUUUUGGCUGAUGGAUGUUAAGAUGUUAUUAUACAUUUUCGUGGCUAAUUCCAAUCAUCGUGAUCUUUAAUAUUGAUUAUUCAUUUUGAUACUCAUCAAUAAGAAUACUGGAAAGUGGCAAUAUGGAGUAACUUUAUUUAAAAAAAAAAA